GGCUGUUUACAUGAACAGAGGCUCCAGAGAUCAAAAGCCACCUUAGCCUUAGCAGCUUUGCAAGAUCCUGCCAGGAGGGCUGUGGUCUCUGUUGGUCUGCAAGUAGCAAAGAUGCAGGGACCUCGGACAAGAUCCCCACCCAGCCAUCCCCACUCCAUGCUUCUGCCUUCUCAAUACCAAUGACACCAGCCCCUCUCGCAACUCGUCUUUCUCAUCCAUGGUGCUGCCUGCGUGCUCAACGAGAGGAAAGCCAGUGAGCGCAUCAGGCAGCGCCACCUGCAGCUUCUCCCUGUCCCCACCACCGUCGUCUGGGCCAAGGUGAGGCAAGCGAACAAGAAGGUUGCAGCAGUGACAAAGAUGGACAAGUCUAUGAGUUCACAUCCGUGGGCACCCACUAGAGCAAGGGACACAGCUUGGAUGCUGGCCUUGCAGUGAGGCCUGAGUUCUUAUGCAAAGAGACCCUCCUUCAGGAAGCUGAAAUGAACAAGACAGCCUCAAAUCACUCUACCUGCCCUACCACGUCAAUUCCAUUUGAAGAAAGUCGGCAAUUUCUGGUUGUUGUGUACAGCCUUGUGUUUACCCUGGGCCUGCCCACCAACUUCUUAACUGCCUUCAUCACUUGCAUCCAAAUCAGCAAGAAAAACAUCACUGCCAUCUACCUGUGUGGCCUGUCACUGUGCGAACUGAUGUACCUGAGCACCCUUCCCAUCUGGAUCGUCUAUGUGCAAAACCAGCACGUCUGGAAAAUGGGACGGAUAUCCUGCCAGGUGGUGACCUACAUCUUUUUCUGCAACAUCUACAUCAGCAUCCUCCUGCUGUGCUGCAUUUCCAUAGACCGCUACGUGGCUGUGGCGUACGCACUGGAGAGCCGAGGGAAGUGGUGUCGAUGUCAAAGGACUGCCACUGUGGUCACCGUCGUUCUCUUUGGCACGGUGGCAGUGAUCUAUAGCCCUGUGUUCUUCUUAGAAAAAGUACAGGAACAACACUGCACGACUUGCUUUGAAAUGCCGGUCAACAAGACAGUGGCCACCAGCAAUAUCAUCCGGUUCUUUGUGGGCUUUCUCAUCCCUUUUGGGCUCCUCAUUUGCAUGAACUACAAAGUCUUCCAGAACAUUAAGGCCAGCAGCAGCCUCAGCCCACGCCACAAAGCCAAAGUGAAGAACCUGGCCCUCGCCAUCAUCAUCAUAUUCCUGGUCUGCUUUGCCCCCUACCACUGCGUCCUGCUUGUGCGAUCCAUCCACUUUUUUUGGUGCCACGGCAAUAGCAGCACGUUUGAAGAAAAGAUCUACACCACCUCCGUGGUGUUCCUGGGCUUAUCCACAGCCAAUGCUGUGGCAGACCCGUUCAUCUAUGUGCUGGUGAGCGAAAAUGCCCGGCGCGAUUUUCAUCGGACUUUCAGAGCAUGUGGGAUACAUUUUUCUGGUGGUUCCAAUAUGGAAAGUAGCAAAGACAAUGAUUCUUUGCUACUUUCCAAAUUAACGAAGGAGACGUGUGUGCUGCCAAACAAGGAGGAGAGAGAACACCUUCCUCAACUACAGCAACUUGUUACUAGUAAAGCGGUGUAGAAGGUGUGCAACUCACUCCGAGGGGAGUGACAUGGUGCUUUUCCUGUGGGGCCCUGGAACUGAGCAAAAGCCCCUGAGCCCUUUGGGGAACAAUGUGAUGCCACUGCGUAGCACACUAUGAAUGGACCUUUCCUCAAACCCCAGCUGUUGCUCACAACGGCUGACGUGACACAUGCAUCGCACAGGACUUGCUGCUCCUUUAGUGAAGGAUCAUGCAGUAGUAGCAGCAGCAGCUAUGGAGUACCUCACGGAUGGAAGAUGAUUUGCACCCUGAUACGUUCAUGGGGAAGAGCUGUCAUGCAUCAGUUCGAGAGAGAGCUUCUUGCGUGAUAUUCAUGCUAUCCUGAAUAAACGACCCACCACACCUGGCACUGUGGCAGCUGCUUGUCUGAGCUGGUUUCUCUGCACCGUAUUCCAAACCACACUCCCCUGCUUGUGAAACACAAGCUCUCUGACUGGUGCCUAAUACACAUUUGCCUUCAACUUAGGCGUACCUCCCCCUUCUUUACAUCUGGACAAGGCUCCACCCACUUAGGAUAUAAGAGUUUUUUAUUAUGUGAAAAAAUGAACAGGUAUACAGGAAUAAAGAUACAGCUUGAUUGUG